AUGUUGAAGAAGGUCGAGACCAAAACACGCCGGGCGUACGGAACUGCGUCUCACCGAUUACCGAUGCCUGUGGACAUAUCGGCGCCCUCGGGUGGUUACUACCAAGACAGAUCUCGUGUUCGAAGGGCUGCAGUUUUCUCGUCACCGCGCCGUCAACCGACCUUGUCGCCGAGGAAGUCGAGGUCUCCAGCCAAACCACGCGAAGCUAAGCACAUCAUUCAAUACCGACGCUGGGUGGAUGGGGUUAUACCUACAAUGAUCCCACAUUAUCUUCGAGUGCUCCGAGAGUCGAACCAACUUCGGGAUACCUCACAGCUUGAAAUGAUGUGCGAGUGCUCUCCAAACAGCACUCGUACUCGAGUUUUAGCUGUGUAUCAGCAUGGCGUUGAGGAGUUACAUGUUUGCAACUGCUCACCCGCAGUUCUUCUGGUGCAACGCGGUCUCUUUCCAUCCUCUCCUGUGCGCCCCGCCUUUGCGGUGGACCUGCGAAUGCUUGAUUUCAUGCACGAACUCUAUGCUCGGUCGGCUCUCAAUCUCUCGGCGUGGUCAGCUACUCUGGAAACCGUUCUCGCCCGGCAAGGCUUCAAAGUCAAGGGCCAAGAUGUUAUUCGACGAAAGAUGGCAACGGCUGUGAAGUGGUACACAUAUAUGGUUGCUCAAAAAGACGCCGUCAUCAACAGCAUAGUGUGGGAUGCAGCCAGACCCAUCGAAGGGCCUUUGGACAUCGAAGAGGACUACGAGUGCGAAGAACACGUGGGCGAGGCUGAGGGUGAUGACUGGGUUGAUGAGGGAGAUGGGAUCGGCGGGUUGAUGGAGCCUUCGCGGUACUUGCAGGAGCGAUGUCCUCUGUGCUUCAACAACCAGCGUAACACACGCGACUGUCUUUCGGAAGUUCUGUUAUGCCUGGAUGCAAACUUCACCCAAAAACGCCGCAACCCUGCUCGUGGACAAGACCGAAGCCCACCAUUGACACACCCACUGUCGGUUUUUCUAACCGCCGACGAAGUAUCUGAAGCAAAGGCCUACGUCGAGCGCCUGCGACCCUCCGAGGGAGCUGCAACGGCAACUCCGGCAGUUGGCAAAGAAGCACCGUUGGCGGAGGACGACACAAUGGAAGAGGGAAUGAAGGUACCGACCUCUGUCCUCAACGGAUGCCUCCAGUCAUUCACUGCAGCGGACGAGAAGCGCACUAAGGCCAGCACACGAUUGUUUGCGGAUACUGGGUUGAUGGCACUACUUUGUCGUCACGACCGGGUGCUCUGGCUGGCGAACAUGACCUCAGCUGGGGAGCGCCAAUUCUAUGCCAUCGCUCUUUUGCAAAAGUUCUUCAACAACGUACCAAUCGACAUGACCGUCGGCCUCCUUUAUGACGUAGCAUGCCAGCUUCACCGAAGUUGCAUGAAGUGGGGAUUUCUCGGUGACGUGGCGAAUCGGAUCCGUUGGAGUGUGUCUGUUUUUCACGCGUAUGGUCACCAAUGGGGUUGUCAGGUGGUGUAUCAUCCUCGAAAGUGUUUGGGGUUUGGGUUGUCAGAUGGCGAGGGCUGUGAACGGUUUUGGGCGGCGAUCAAGAUCUUGAUACCAGCACUAAGGGUUUCUGGCUACCAUCAACGCUUGUUUGCUAUCGACAACCAAGUAUCGUUUCUGGACAAAAAAUCAUUCGCCUCUUUGGGACGCUGGAUUGAACGUAAAUGGAACCAGUGUCGGACGCGAAAGCGAGAAAGUCUAGAGGUGCUAGCGAGACUAAAGCUUUCUCGAGCAUAUCUGCAGCAACAGUGGGACACCCAGGUGGAGAUGCAGACGAAGCCGCUUGCAAAGGUGUCAGAACAUGCGGCCAAGAGGGCUGUUCAGGAAAUCCUUUCGUUGAACAAGCUUCGGGAUGGCUACAAGGCGGAACUAGCGAAGAUUAGUCGGCGAAUCAAGCGAAACGACGUUGACGUGGCCAUGGACAUGGAAGAUCUAACCAACCUCUCCCUUGCAUUAACAACCAAACUGGCUGAAACUACGGAAACCAUUGCUCAACGAAGGAAGGCUUUGGGUGCGACUGCUAAGCACAGUCUCGAGCGACUGUCGAAAAGUGAUUUUCUGAAACAUCGUCUCAAUGCAGCGGCACUCAAGGAGCGAAUUUGUGCAAAACUGCGCGCACGCAAGUUCGAGCUUGAGCGCCUCGAUAAAGCAAGCCGAAGUCCUGGCUCCACUGAUAACAAGUUACAAGCCCACAUUCAAGCUCAAGUGUCCAGGCAUGAACCGAGUGUCGUCAAAUUGGUCAAGCGAUACAACGAUGUUGUCGCGUCGAUGGAAGACCUCAUUCACCAACGACGAGCACCCCGAAAUGCUGUCGCACCGAAGUCGAUUCCGAAGGAGAGGCUCUUCUCCCUUGAUAUCGACGAUCCUAUAUGGGACAUGCGAGGCCUCGAAGACACUGGCGAGGGCUCCCCGCCGGCGUGGCUUGCCGAUGACAAUGUGAUCAAAGGCAUACGCGCCCAUUUGGCCCUUCAACGAUGCGAAGAAGAGGAGUCCCGUCUUGAAGCGGAGCGAGCACAUCUUCAGAUCUGGUGCAGGUCGACAUGGGAUGGGUUAAACUUGUCAAUUUUGUCAAGCAACAACCCUGAUCUUGUGUUCGAGCUUCGGCAGAGAUGUGAGACGCUGCUGGGACUUGUUACCGAAUGGAGUGAAUUGCUGGUGGACAUUCCGGGAGACGAUGGCCUGGGCUGGGGUCCUACAGAUGAAGACAUCGCUGAUUUCUCUGACCGUGCAACCCAGGGCUUAUUUGUUUUUCAGUUUGGUAUGCCAAGGUCAGAGGGCACCUCAGUUGGCUGGAACAAUGACAGUCUUGUGGAAGAGGAGGAAGAGGAGGAGGAAUGGUUUGGACAGGAUGGUGAUGAUCUCUUGGAAAUCAUUGAUGACGUCUACUUGGGUGAGUUGUAUGGGGACGAAGAACAGGUAGACGCCUUUGAAGGACUUACGAUCAGUGAGGAUGAUGUUUUCAAUGGCGCGUCAUCUAGUAGCAUUCUUGGCUCUCCCCGCAAACGUCUUCGAGCAAUUGAAGAUGAUAUUUAG